AAAUGAUCUCGAAGAGGGAUUGGGCCACGUGGCUCGUCUCACUAAUUCGACCGUUGUAAAGCGUUUAUUGAAGGAUCUCAUACCUCCCCCUUUCCUUCUUUGUCUCUCCUCUUCUCUGCCGCACCAAUCUCUUUCUCUCUCUCUGUCCCUCUCUUCCCUUGAAUUACUUUCUCUCUUCCUCAAUUUCUGUCUCUCUCUCUCUCUCUCUCCCUCCCUCCCUCAUGGCGAUUGCUGCAGAGAACCAACCGCAAGAGAAGGCAACUUCAGAGGCAGCAGCCGCAGAGAAAAGAAGGUGGACGCUUAAUGAUUUCGAUAUAGGAAAGCCACUUGGACGAGGAAAGUUUGGUCAUGUUUACUUAGCCCGGGAGAAGAGGAGCAAUCAUAUUGUAGCAUUGAAGGUGCUCUUCAAGAGCCAGUUGCAACAGUCACAAGUUGAACAUCAACUCCGUCGGGAAGUUGAAAUUCAAAGUCAUCUUCGACAUCCCAAUAUAUUACGUCUUUACGGUUACUUUUAUGAUCAGAAACGAGUUUACUUGAUUUUAGAAUAUGCAGCAAAGGGUGAACUAUACAAAGAACUGCAAAAGUGUAAAUACUUUAGUGAAAGACGUGCUGCAACAUAUGUUGCAUCACUGGCUCGGGCACUGAUUUAUUGCCAUGGCAAGCAUGUAAUACACAGAGACAUUAAACCAGAGAACCUUUUGAUCGGUGCACAGGGUGAGCUAAAGAUUGCAGAUUUUGGUUGGUCCGUGCAUACUUUUAACCGAAGACGGACAAUGUGUGGCACAUUGGAUUACUUGCCCCCAGAGAUGGGUAUGCAGAUAAACCUUUUAAUGGACAAUGGAGUUGUUGAUUGUGUUCACGGAUAUUCACCAAAUGUUUUUGUUGACGGUGCAGUGGAAAGUGUAGAGCAUGAUGCUAGUGUUGAUAUCUGGAGCCUUGGUGUGCUGUGUUAUGAGUUUCUAUAUGGGAUGCCUCCUUUUGAGGCAAAAGAACAUUCAGACACAUACAGAAGGAUUGUGCAAGUGGAUUUGAAGUUCCCUCCUAAACCUAUUGUUUCUUCUGCUGCAAAGGACCUUAUCAGUCAGAUGCUUGUCAAGGAUUCUUCACAGCGCCUGCCGUUGCAUAAGCUACUUGAGCAUCCCUGGAUUGUUCAGAAUGCAGAUCCCUCUGGCGUUUACAGGGGUUGAGAUUUAAGUGAAAACUCAGAUCUUGCAGUUGGUUUUGUGAAGAAAUGGGAUAUCUGUAUGUACAUCUUUCGUGGCUGUAUACAUGCUGUUGCGCUUUUAACACCUUCAAGUUCAUUGCAUAUGUUUUUCGUAUGUCUCUGAGCUCUGUAGAACAAGAAACCAUUGUUUUGUUUGUUGAAUUAUUAUGUCCAUUCAUUUGUAUGCUGAAAUAUUUUUCGUAUGUCCAAUGCCUUAGUAAAAUCAUCCUAUAUUAUAUAAUAUAUUUUCACUCGUGUUCAUAA